UGAAUUAUGUGUUUAUUGUUUUAUAUUACUAGGUAUUAUUACCGAACUGUUAGAUCUAGAAACAUAAGCAUUUCACUGCACCUGCGUUCAAUUAACUUGAUUUGACUUAAUAAUAGUGUAAAACUCCAUUUCCCAUGGUCCCGUCAUUGCGUUCUGCAGUGGGUGUGGCUGAAGGAGGUAAUGAUAUGUGUGUGUGUGUGUAUCUCCUCUCUGUUCAUCCUGAAACUCGCUCUCAGUACUUUAAUGGAGCCGCAGCAUCUCCUCUGCAGCACGAGAGCAUUAGGGUAUAUCUCCGGGCACCGAGGCAGGAUGAAAAACCGUUGGUAAAUCUUUUGAUUGACCAGGACUUGUGAAGGCAGAGCUGGCUUUAUUAUCGAAUGAACCCGUUAACGGACAGAUAGACAAACGGACAUAAUGCACCGGGACCUCAACGGAACCGUCGUGAUCACUGAGCACACCGUGUAGUGUGUUUAAUACCGCUAGUUAACGCGGAUUAAAUCAUAUUGUUGACGGUGAGAAACACACGGAUGGAUUGGUUAAAGAAUGUGAAUAUAAUAUCUACAAAAUGAUUGCAUAAUAAUCUAUAGGAGAUGGCCAGGUGGGGAUUCUGAAAGAGAGAUUGUAGAUGAAAAUAGAUAGAGACAGAAUGAUAUUCGACAGACCAAUACAUGCACUAAUAUUUUAACUGUGGGACCAAAAACCUAUUAUGAUUAUUAUUAUUAUUGAUAAAUAGGCUAAUUUAAUGUUAUUUGUAAACAAGCUAAUUUGUCAUUAGCAUGGCAGGACUAGAGGCCUGGUGUUCAGUGUGACGCUGUUAUCAUCCAGUCAGAUAGGACUCAUGUAUUACUCUGUUACCUGCUCUAUAUUUUACUGUUUGACUACUCAAAGACCUAGUAAAGUCAUUACUAAUGACCUGAUAAUAACAUGGUAGGCCUAUGAAUUUGUUUCUUUAGCACCAUUGUGUUAAAUUCAGUACUAGGCCACCAAGUGAUAUACCAAGCUACAAUUUUCCAGUUGGAUCAUUACCUGGUAAAUACUAGCAAGAACAGUGUCCAGUAAGGAGAAAGAGAUCAACUGAUAAUAACAAAUGUUAAUUUCUAUAAAUCUCUAAUAAUAGUUACCUGAUAGCCACUUCAGAUGUCUAAGGUAAAGAGUAGUGAGACUGUGAAGGUUGUGGUUCGCUGUCGCCCGUUAAACCGGAAAGAGGCAGCUGGUGUUACCGGGACACCAGGAGGAAGGGGCGGGAUCGUAGAGAUGGAUGUACAUCGGGGUCAGGUGGUCUUACGGAACCCUCGCGCUCUGCCCGGCGAGCCGCGGAAGACGUUUACGUUCGACUCUGUGUAUGACGCAUCGUCUAGACAACGUGACCUGUACGAUGAGACGGUACGCCCGCUGAUCCACUCAGUCCUGGACGGGUUUAAUGGAACCAUCUUUGCCUAUGGCCAAACGGGCACCGGAAAGACCUACACCAUGCAGGGAGCGUGGCUAGAGCCAGAGAGGCGGGGCGUCAUCCCCAACGCCUUCGAACACGUCUUCAGCCAGAUCUCCCGCUCCGCCGUCGACCGCCAGUACCUGGUCAGAGCCUCUUACCUGGAGAUCUACCGAGAGGAGAUCAGGGAUCUACUGGAUCCUAACGUGCACACCCAGCCCCCCCACACCCUGGAGCUGAGAGAGAGCCCGGAGAGCGGGGUGUAUGUGCGUGACUUGUCAUCGUGUGUGUGUAAGAGCGUGAAGGAGAUAGAGGAGCUGAUGAACUUAGGGAACCAGGUGCGCUCGGUGGGAGCGACAGACAUGAACGAACACUCUUCCCGUUCCCACACCCUGUUCCUCAUCACGGUGGAGUGUUCCCAGACGGGGCCGGAUGGACGGCAGCACAUCAGGGUGGGCCGGCUCAACCUGGUUGACCUGGCGGGCAGCGAGCGGCAGGCAAAGACGGGCGUCCACGGAGAACGCCUGAAGGAAGCCGCUAAGAUCAACCUGUCUCUGUCAGCGCUAGGCAACGUGAUCUCAGCCCUGGCAGACGGGCGUAGCGGCCAUGUUCCCUAUCGGGACUCUAAACUGACCCGGUUAUUACAGGACUCUCUGGGAGGGAACGCCAAGACGGUGAUGGUGGCUACACUAGGCCCCGCCCCCCAACACUACGAGGAGACCCUCACCACUCUCCGCUACGCUAACAGAGCUAAGAACAUCAAGAACCAGCCAAGAGUUAACGAAGACCCUAAAGACGCCCUGCUCAGAGAGUUCCAGAAGGAGAUUGCACGGCUCCGCGCACAGCUCAGCCACAGGGAAGGGAGGGGCAAACACAGGGAGGAGGAAGGGGAGGAGGGCUGGGACGGAGAAGGGGAUGAGGAGGGAGAAGAGGAGGUGGAGAAGGAGAGGAAGCUGCAGAAGGAGAGGCUGGAGGAGGAGAAUAAGGCCAUCAGAGAAGAUGGAUCACUAUUGGCUGUGGAGAAGCAGAGGCUUCUGGGAGAGAAGGAGAUAAUGAUGGGAGAUCUGAGGAAGGAGCGGGACACCACCAAGCAGUUGACUGCCAAGUACAAGGCGAUGGAGAGCAAGCUGCUGGUUGGAGGGAGGAACAUCAUGGAUCACACCAGCGAACAGCAGAAGACCCUGGAGACACGCAGACAGGAGAUCUCUGAGCAGAGUCGUAGAGAGAGGGAGAUUCUGCAGCAGGUGAUGGUUCAGGAUGAAGAGACUCUAGAACUCAGAGAGACAUUCUCCUCCCUGCAACAGGAGGUGGAGGCCAAGACCAAGAAGCUCAAGAAGCUCUAUGCUAAGCUGCAGUGUGUGAAGGCUGAGAUCCAGGAUGUUAAUGAUGAGCACGUCAGGAGUCGACAGGAGCUGGAGCAGACGCAGAACCAACUCACCAGAGAACUCAAGUUCAAGUAUCUGAUCAUAGAGAACUUCAUUCCUCCUGAGGAGAAGAAUAAGAUCAUGAACAGACUGACCCUUGACCCUGAGGAGGAGCAGUGGAAGUUCCAACUCCUCACCCCCUCCGAGAGUCAGAUGAAGAAGAGGCUAGCCUCGGCAGUCGGAUACAAACGACCAAUCAGCCAGUACGCACGGGUUGCCUUAGCGAUGGGCGCCCACUCCAGAUACCGGGCUGAGAACAUCCUGUUCUUGGAGCUGGACAUGAGUCCUCCCACCACAGUCUCAUUGGACCACUGGCCCGCAGAGGUGCGGCCUAACUGUAGCCCCUCUCCCACAGACAACGCUCCCUACAGGGAGAGAGCCACACGCGUCCGCAAGUCACGCUCCUGGUGUCAGGCCCCACGAGCCAUCACUUCCUCCUCCUCCACGGUUUCCCUGGCAACCCAUUCUACUGCCACGCCCAGUACUGCCCAGUGAAUACCGGCCUCUCCCUACCUACCUCUACUCUCUCUCUCUUUCUCUGGUGUACUCUUUACAGCAGCCUGCUAACUCCUCCCCUUUCCUCUCUUGACCAAUCAGCUCUCAGGAGUGGGAAACCACUCAACAGUCUUUGCCUAUGCUGCCUCAUGAUUGGUUGAUCACUGCCAUGGGAGAAGCCAAAACCUGAUUGACAGAAACAGAUCUACUGCCUCAAGGACUCCACUACCCAGACUACCCUGGGAGAAUGAAGGAGAAACCAUCCAUCUCUCUCUCCUCAUUCCUGCAGGAGCUCUGCCUGUCUGUCUGUCUGUCUGUGCAUUUUGGCAGCCCAGGGGAGUCAGAAGUGAAACUCAAAAUAAAUGAAGACAGCAGGAAACUGAUUUGUGGUGCUCAAAACAAGGUAGUUAUUUAAGAGGUUAGGGGGAAAGGUUCAACUGAAAGGCCUAUCAGGUAACUGGUGGGUCACUCUGUGUCCGGCGUGUCGGCUCCUCCGACAGCCUGUGUUAAUGAACAAAACAAAAUAGAGAGAGAGAGAGAGAGAGAGAGAGCGAUGAGUCCGCAGAUUCACCCCUUGCUCUCAACUUGCUGCCCGAGAAUAGGUCCCCUUCCUUUGGGGCAAAGAACAGGAAGACAGAAACAGGUGAGUCAAACAAUGCCUAGUAUCUCCUUUGUCGUUGGAUCGAAGAGCUUAUCAUACUCACUGUAGUUCUUCUGAGGACUAGAUGUCGUACCCUCUGCCUGUCUGCUCAACCGCCCGCGUCGGCUAGACGUACCCUCUGCCUCAGUGGCAGAACUAGAGUUAUAUACAUGGGAUGGCCAAGGCUACUUCAGGGGGUCCAUAGAACAUAACAGUAAAUUUGUGUUUAACCCUAACCUGGCAUCUAAGGAGCAUGAAUGAAUCCUAUGAUUGAUGAUUAGAGGUAGAAGUGAUAAUUCACUGAACCCGGAGUUCUUCAAUGUGGCAGAUAGUGAGGUCCAUAAGGGUUACUACACUAGAAUUCAAUGUGAGGUCCAUAAGGGUUACUACACUAGAAUUCAAUGUGCCAGAUAGUGAGGUCCAU